GGCACGCUGAAGCUUCUGGGUGCUUGCAGACAUUCCCCCCCCCCACCGCCCCACCGCCGUCGCCACUUGGGGGUGAACUUUGUAGUUCCUGUGAGUUAAACCAUGGGGAGAGAUUUGGCCUUGCUUCUGCUACUGCUCCUUUUCCUCCAGCAUUUUGGAGACAGCCAUGGAAGCCAAAAACUUGAACAGACCCCUUCUCUACAGUUUACUCAUUUCCAGUACAAUGUCACUGUUCAUGAGAACUCUGCAGCCAAAACCUACGUUGGGCAUCCAGUAAAGAUGGGUAUUUACAUUACAGACCCUUCAUGGGAAUUAAGGUACAAAAUUGUCUCAGGAGACAAUGAAAACCUGUUCAAAGCUGAAGAGUACAUUCUUGGAGACUUUUGCUUUCUAAGAAUAAGGACCAAAGGAGGAAAUACAGCUAUUCUUAAUAGAGAAGUGAAAGACCAUUACACAUUGGUCAUCAAAGCAGUUGAAAAAAUCACUAAUGCUGAAGCACGAACAAAGGUCAGGGUGCAAGUGCUGGAUACAAAUGACUUAAGACCAUUGUUCUCCCCCACCUCCUAUAGUGUCUCCUUACCCGAAAACACAGCUAUAAGGACCAGCAUUGCAAGGGUCAGUGCCACAGAUGCAGAUAUAGGAACCAAUGGAGAGUUCUACUACAGUUUUAAAGACCGAACAGAUAUGUUUGCGAUUCACCCAAGCAGUGGCGUGGUACUAUUAACUGGUAGUCUCGAUUACACAGAGACAAAACUCUAUGAGCUGGAAAUCCUUGCUGUGGAUCGGGGAAUGAAACUGUACGGUAGCAGUGGUAUCAGCAGCAUGGCCAAGCUAACAGUUCAUGUGGAACAGGCAAAUGAAUGUGCUCCUGUGGUAACAGCCGUGACAUUAUCACCAUCGGAACUGGACAAAGACCCAACAUUUGCAAUUGUCACCGUGGAGGACUGUGAUCAGGGCGUCAAUGGGGAAAUAGCUUCUUUAACUAUUGUGGCCGGUGACCUUCAUCAACAGUUUAGAACGGUGAGGUCCUUCCCAGGGAGCAAGGAGUAUAAAGUCAAAGCUGUUGGUAGCAUUGAUUGGGACAGUCAUCCUUUUGGCUACAAUCUGACCCUUCAGGCUAAAGACAAAGGAACUCCUCCCCAGUUCUCCUCAGUCAAAGUGAUUCACGUGGCUUCUCCACAGUUCAAAGCUGGCCCCGUCAAGUUUGAAAAGGAUGUUUACAGAGCAGAAAUAAGUGAGUUUGCUCCUCCCAACACACCUGUGGUCAUGGUCAAAGCCAUUCCUAGCUAUUCGCAUUUGAGAUACAUUUUUAAAAGUGCACCUGGAAAAGUGAGGUUCAAUAUAAAUCACAAUACUGGUCUCAUUUCUGUUUUGGAACCAAUCAAAAGACAGCAGGCGUCCCAUUUUGAACUUGAAGUAUUGACAAGUGACAGAAAAGCCUCUACCAAAGUCUUGGUUAAGGUCUUAGGUGUAAAUAGCAACCCACCAGAAUUUUCUCAGACAGCCUACAAAGCAUCCUUUGAUGAGAACACACCCAUCGGAACUACUGUCAUGAGUGUGAAUGCUGUAGACCCUGAUGAGGGUGAGAAUGGGUAUGUGACUUACAGUAUUGCAAAUUUAAAUCACGUGCCAUUUGUGAUCGACCAUUUCACGGGUGCUGUGAGUACUUCAGAAAACUUGGACUAUGAGCUGAUGCCUCGAGUUUACACGCUAAGGAUUCGAGCAUCAGACUGGGGCUUGCCUUACCGGAGGGAAGUUGAAGUCCUGGCUACGAUUACUCUUAAUAACUUGAAUGACAAUACACCCUUGUUUGAGAAAAUAAACUGUGAAGGAACAGUUCCCAGAGAUCUAAGUGUGGGGGAGCAAAUCACUACCGUUUCUGCUAUUGAUGCUGAUGAACUUCAAUUGGUACGAUACCAGAUUGAAACUGGAAAUGAACUAGAUUUAUUUGACUUAAACCCCAACUCUGGGGUAUUAUCAUUAAAGCAAUCUCUUAUGGAUGGCUUGGGUGCAAAGAUGUCUUUUCACAGCCUGAGAAUUACAGCUACAGAUGGAGAAAAUUAUGCUACUCCGUUAUAUAUCAACAUCACCGUGGCUGCCAGCCGCAAGCCAGUAAACUUGCAGUGUGAAGAGACGGGCGUUGCCAAAAUGCUGGCAGAGAAACUCCUGCAGGCCAAUAAAUUACACAGUCAGGAGGAUAUGGAGGAUGUUUUCUUCGAUUCUCAUUCUGUCAAUGCUCAUGCCCCACAGUUCAGGAGCACUCUUCCAACUGGUAUUGAGGUAAAGGAAAAUCAUCCUGUGGGUUCCAGUAUAAUUUUCAUGAAUGCUACGGACCUUGACUCUGGCUUCAAUGGGAAACUGGUCUAUGCUAUUUCUGGAGGAAAUGAGGAUAGUUGCUUCAUCAUCGACAUGGAAACAGGAAUGCUGAAAAUUUUAUCUCCACUAGACCGUGAAACAACAGACAAGUAUACCCUGAAUAUUACUGUGUAUGACCUUGGCAUACCACAGAAGGCAGCUUGGCAUCUUCUACAUAUCACUGUCCUUGAUGCCAAUGACAACCCUCCUGAGUUUUUACAGGAGCGUUAUUUCAUUGAGGUGAGCGAAGACAAGGAGAUAAAUAGUGAGAUCAUUCAGGUGGAAGCCACUGAUAGAGAUCUAGGCCCCAAUGGACAUGUAACAUACUCCAUUCUUACUGACACUGAUAAAUUUUCAAUUGACAGCGUGACUGGUGUGGUUAAAAUUGUUCAGCCUUUGGAUCGUGAAGUCCAGCAUGUGCAUUACUUAAAGAUUGAAGCCAGAGACCAAGCCAAAGAAGAACCCCAGCUGUAUUCUACUGUGCUUUUGAAAGUAUCACUAGGAGAUGUUAAUGACAACCCUCCCAAGUUUAUUCCACCUAAUUACCGUGUAAAAGUUCGAGAAGAUCUGCCAGAAGGAACCAUAGUCAUGUGGUUAGAAGCCUAUGAUCCUGAUUUAGGACAAUCCAGUCAAGUGAGAUACAGUCUUAUAGACCAUGGAGAAGGACACUUCGAUGUGGAUAAACUCAGUGGAGCAGUUAGAAUUGUACAGCAGUUGGACUUUGAGAAGAAGCAAGUAUAUAAUCUCACUGUAAGGGCCAAGGACAAAGGGAAGCCAGUUUCUCUGUCUUCCACUUGUUUUGUGGAAGUUGAAGUGGUCGAUGUGAAUGAGAACUUACACUCCCCAGUGUUUUCUAGCUUUGUGGAAAAGGGUGUGGUGAAAGAAGAUGUCCCUAUUGGCUCAUCAGUCAUGACAGUGUCAGCUCAUGACGAGGACACAGGAAGAGAUGGGGAGAUCCGAUACUCCAUUAGAGAUGGAUCUGGUAUUGGUGUUUUCAGAAUAGAUGAAGAAACAGGUGUUAUAGAGACUUCAGAUCGACUGGACCGGGAGUCAACCUCCCAUUACUGGCUGACAGUGUAUGCAACAGAUCAGGGUGUUGUGCCACUUUCUUCCUUCAUAGAGAUCUACAUAGAGGUUGAAGACGUCAAUGACAAUGCACCACAGACUUCAGAGCCCGUUUACUACCCAGAGAUAGUGGAAAAUGCACCCAAAGAUGUAUCUGUGGUCCAAAUUGAGGCAUUUGAUCCAGAUUCUAGCUCUAAUGACAAACUAAUGUACAAAAUUACGAGCGGAAACCCACAAGGAUUCUUUUCAAUACAUCCUAAAACAGGUCUUAUCACAACUACAUCAAGGAAACUAGACCGAGAGCAGCAAGAUGAACACAUAUUAGAAGUUACUGUAACGGACAAUGGUGUACCCCCCAAGUCAACCAUUGCGAGAGUAAUUGUGAAAAUCCUCGAUGAAAAUGACAACAAACCUCAAUUCCUACAGAAGUUUUACAAAAUCCGACUCCCAGAGCGAGACAAACUAGAACGAGAAAGAAAUGCCAAACGAGAGCCUCUGUAUCGAGUGAUAGCUACAGAUAAAGAUGAAGGCCCCAAUGCAGAAAUCUCCUACAGCAUUGAGGAUGGAAAUGAGCAUGGCAAAUUUUUUAUUGAACCUAAAACUGGAGUGGUUUCAUCCAAAAAGUUCUCUGCAGCUGGAGAAUAUGAUAUUCUUUCAAUUAAGGCAGUUGAUAAUGGUCGUCCUCAGAAGUCAUCGACCACCAGGCUCCACAUUGAAUGGAUCUCCAAACCCAAACCAUCCCCUGAGCCAAUUUCAUUUGAGGAAUCAGUUUUUACCUUCACUGUAAUGGAAAGUGAUCCAGUUGCUCACAUGAUUGGUGUGAUAUCUGUUGAGCCUCCUGGCACACCCCUUUGGUUUGACAUCAUUGGUGGCAACUAUGACAGUCAUUUUGACGUGGACAAGGGCACUGGAACCAUCAUUGUUGCCAAACCCCUUGAUGCAGAACAGAAGUCAAACUAUAACCUCACAGUUGAGGCGACAGACGGAACAAGCACAAUCCUUACUCAGGUAUUCAUCAAAGUGAUAGAUACAAAUGACCAUCGCCCUCAGUUUUCUACAUCAAAAUAUGAAGUUGUUAUUCCUGAAGAUACAGUACCAGAAACAGAAAUACUGCAAAUCAGCGCUAUGGAUAAAGAUGAGAAAAACAAGCUAAUCUACACUCUGCAGAGUAGUAUAGACCCAUUGAGUCUCAAAAAAUUCCGCCUUGACCCUGCAACUGGCUCCCUGUACACGUCUGAAAAACUUGAUCAUGAAGCCAUUCACCAGCAUAUUCUUACAGUCAUGGUACGGGAUCAAGAUGUGCCUGUAAAACGCAACUUUGCAAGGAUCAUCGUUAACGUCAGUGACACAAAUGACCAUGCCCCGUGGUUCACCAGUUCCUCUUAUGAAGGACGGGUUUAUGAGUCAGCUGCUGUCGGCUCAGUUGUGUUGCAGGUUACAGCUCUGGACAAAGACAAAGGGAAAAAUGCUGAAGUAUUGUACUCAAUCGAAUCAGGAAAUAUUGGAAAUUCUUUUACAAUUGAUCCCAUCUUGGGCUCUCUAAAAACUGCCAAAGAAUUAGAUCGAAGUAACCAACUAGAAUAUGAUUUGAUAGUAAAAGCUACUGAUCAAGGUGACCCACCACUGAGUGAAAUUACUUCUGUACACAUCAUUGUCACGAUUGCUGACAAUGCCUCUCCCAAGUUUACAUCCAAGGAAUACUCUGUGGAAAUUAGUGAGACUAUCAGCAUCGGAAGUUUUGUUGGAAUGGUUACAGCCCAUAGUCAGUCAUCAGUGGUAUAUGAAAUAAAAGAUGGCAAUCUAGGUGAUGCUUUUGAUAUCAAUCCCCAUUCUGGAAGUAUCAUCACUCAGAAAGCCCUGGAUUUUGAAACUUUGCCAGUUUAUAUGUUGACAGUACAAGGAACCAACAUGGCUGGUUUAUCCACCAAUACAACUGUUCUAGUGCACCUGCAGGAUGAGAAUGACAACUCACCAGUUUUCAUACAGCCAGAAUAUUCAGGACUCAUUAGUGAAUCUGCAUCCAUCAACAGUGUUGUCCUCACAGACAGCAAUGCCCCCCUAGUGAUUCGAGCAACUGAUGCAGAUAAAGAAUCCAAUGCCUUGCUUGUGUAUCACAUUGUGGAACCUUCUGUGCAUAAGUAUUUUGCUAUUGAUUCCAGCACUGGUGCUAUUCACACAGUCCUAAGUUUGGACUAUGAAGAAACAAGUGUUUUUCACUUCACUGUGCAAGUGCAUGACAUGGGAACACCACGUCUGUUUGCUGAAUAUGCUGCUAAUGUCACUAUACAUGUAAUUGACAUCAAUGAUUGCCCUCCUGUAUUCUCCAGGUCAUUAUAUGAAACAUCUCUUUUGUUGCCAACAUACAAAGGUGUAAAAGUCAUCACAGUAAAUGCUACAGAUGCUGAUUCCAGUGCAUUCUCCCAGUUAAUAUACUCCAUCACAGAAGGCAACAUUGGGGAGAAGUUUUCUAUGGAUUACAAGACUGGCACUAUAACUGUACAAAACACAACUCAGUUAAGAAGUCGUUAUGAGUUAACCAUUAGAGCUUCAGAUGGCAGAUUUACCAGCUUUACCUCUGUGAAAGUUAAUGUGAAAGAAAGCAAAGAAAGUCAAUUGAAGUUUACCCAAGAUUUCUACUCUGCAAAAGUGAAAGAGAACUCCACUGAAGCCAGGACAUUAGCUGUCAUUACUGCUAUUGGGAAUCCAAUCAACGAGCCUUUGUUCUAUCACAUCCUUAAUCCAGAUCGCAGAUUUAAAAUCAGCCGUACUUCAGGAGUGCUGUCAACCACUGGCCUCCCAUUUGAUCGUGAGCAGCAAGAGUUGUUCGAUGUGGUUGUCGAAGUGACCCAAGAACAUAAGCCUUCGGCAGUGGCCCAUGUUAUUGUUAAAGUCACUGUCGAAGAUCAAAAUGAUAAUGCACCAGUGUUUGUCAAUCUUCCCUACUAUGCAGUUGUUAAGGUAGAUACUGAGGUAGGCCAUAUCAUUCGUUCCGUCACUGCUGUAGACAGAGAUAGUGGCAGAAAUGGGGAAGUACACUACUACCUGAAGGAGCAUCAUGACCACUUUCAAAUUGGACCCUCUGGUGAAAUUUCUCUGAAAAAGCAAUUUGAACUUGACACCUUAAAUAAAGAAUAUCUUGUCACAGUAGUUGCAAAAGAUAGGGGAAACCCACCAUUUUCAGCUGAAGUUAUAGUUCCAAUCACAGUUAUGAAUAAAGCCAUGCCUGUGUUUGAAAAACCUUUCUACAGUGCAGAGAUCCCAGAAAACAUCCAGAUGCAUAGCCCAGUGGUCCACAUCCAAGCCAACAGUCCAGAAGGCUUGAAAGUGUUCUAUAGUAUCACAGAUGGAGAUCCAUUUAGUCAGUUCACCAUUAACUUCAAUACUGGAGUUAUCAAUGUCAUAGCUCCUCUGGAUUUUGAGUCCCACCCGGCGUAUAAACUGAGCAUUCGUGCUACAGACUCCUUAACUGGGGCUCAUGCUGAAGUAUUCGUUGACAUCAUAGUGGAAGACAUCAAUGAUAACCCUCCCGUGUUUGUGCAACUGUCUUACUCUGCGACCCUGUCAGAGGCAUCUGUAAUUGGAACAUCUGUCGUUCAAGUUAGAGCCACGGAUGCUGAUUCAGAACCAAACAGGGGAAUUUCCUACCAGAUGUUUGGAAAUCAUAGUAAGAGUCAUGACCAUUUUCAUAUAGACAGCAGCACUGGUCUCAUUUCACUUGUCAGAACUUUGGAUUAUGAGCAGUUCCCACAGCACAAGAUUUACGUAAGAGCUGUUGAUGGAGGCAUGCCCCAGCUGAGCAGUGAAGUAAUCAUCACCGUGGACGUCACUGACCUCAAUGACAAUCCGCCACUCUUCGACCAACAGAUUUACCAAGCCAAAAUCAGCGAGCAUGCCGCUCAUGGGCAUUUUGUGAUAUGUGUAAAAGCCUAUGAUGCAGACAGUACAGACAUAGACAAGUUGGAAUAUUCCAUUGUAUCUGGCAAUGAUCAUAAAAAUUUUGUCAUAGACAGCAAAACAGGGAUUAUCACACUCUCAAACCUGCGACGGCACACCUUGAAGCCAUUCUAUGCACUCAAUGUUUCUGUUUCUGAUGGGGUUUUUAGAAGUUCAGUCCAGGUUCAUGUAACUGUAAUUGGAAGUAAUUUGCACAGUCCUGUUUUUCUUCAGAAUGAAUAUGAAGUGGAACUGGCGGAGAACGCUCCCUUGCAUACCCUAGUGGUUGAGGUCAAAGCGACUGAUAGGGACUCUGGCAUUUAUGGACACAUCACUUACCAUAUUGUAAAUGACUUUGCCAAAGACAGAUUUUACAUAAAUGACAGAGGACAGAUAUUCACUUCGGAAAAACUUGAUCGAGAGACUCCAACAGAGAAAGUGAUCUCAGUUCGCCUGAUGGCUAAGGAUGCUGGAGGAAAAGUUGCUUUCUGCACCAUUAAUGUCAUCCUAACAGAUGACAAUGAUAAUGCUCCACAGUUCCGAGCAACCAAGUAUGAGGUAAACGUCGGAUCCAGUGUAGCCAAAGGAACAUCAGUCAUUAAAGUUUUUGCCAGCGAUGCUGAUGAGGGAUCCAAUGCUGAUGUCACUUAUACCAUUGAAGCAGAUUCUGAAAGUGUUAUGGAAAAUUUGGAAAUUAACACACUCUCAGGCAUAAUUACCACAAAGGAAAGUCUAGUUGGCUUAGAAAAUGAGAUCUUUACUUUCUUUGUGAGAGCUGUAGAUAAUGGGUCGCCAUCAAAAGAAUCUGUUGUUCCUGUCUAUGUAAAAAUACUUCCACCGGAAAUAAAGCUUCCAAAAUUUUCAGAGCCUUUUUAUACCUACACUGUUUCAGAAGACAUGCCUAUUGGUACCGAAAUAGAUCUGAUCAGAGCAGAACAUAGCGGUGCUGUUUUGUAUAGCCUCAUCAAAGGGAACACCCCAGAAAGUAAUAGAGAUGAAUUCUUUGUGAUUGACAGACAGAGUGGAAGACUGAAACUGGAGAAGAGGCUUGAUCAUGAGACGACAAAGUGGUAUCAAUUUGCCAUACUCGCCAGGUGCAUUCAUGAUGAUUAUGAAGUAGUAGCUUCUGUAGAUGUUAGUAUCCAAGUGAAAGAUGCAAAUGAUAACAGCCCAGUCUUGGAAUCCAAUCCCUAUGAAGCGUUUAUUGUUGAAAACCUGCCAGGGGGCAGUAAAGUCAUCCAGGUCAGAGCAUCUGACCUGGAUUCAGGAGCCAAUGGCCAAAUUAUGUACAGUCUAGACCAGUCACAAAGUGUGGACAUCAUUGAGUCUUUUGCCAUUAACGUAGAAACAGGCUGGAUUACAACUCUGAAGGAACUUGACCAUGAAGAGAGACGCAGUUACCAGAUUAAAGUGGUUGCAUCAGAUCAUGGUGACAAGGUGCAGUUGUCUUCCACAGCCCUUGUAGAUGUUACCGUCACCGAUGUUAAUGAUAAUCCACCACGGUUCACAGCCGAGAUUUACAAAGGGACCGUGAGUGAAGAUGAUCCUCCAGGGGGUGUAAUUGCCAUCUUAAGUACCACUGAUGCUGAUUCUGAAGAGAUUAACAGACAAGUUACAUAUUUUAUAACAGGAGGCGAUACUUUGGGACAAUUUGCUGUUGAAAAUAUACAGAAUGAAUGGAAAGUCUAUGUAAAGAAACCCCUAGACAGGGAACAAAAGGACAACUACCUUCUGACAAUCACAGCAACUGACGGGACCUUCUCUUCUAAAGCCAUAGUUGAAGUGAAAGUUCUUGAUGCAAAUGACAACAGUCCAGUUUGUGAAAAGACUUUAUAUUCAGACACCAUUCCUGAAGACGCCCUUCCUGGGAAAUUGAUUAUGCAGGUCUCUGCUACAGAUGCAGAUAUCCGUUCCAAUGCUGAAAUUACUUACACAUUAUUUGGUUCUGGCGCAGAAAAAUUCAAACUAAAUCCAGACACAGGUGAACUGAAAACAUUAGCCCCCCUUGAUCGUGAGGAACAAGCAGUUUAUCAUCUCCUCGUGAAGGCCACAGAUGGAGGUGGGAGAUUCUGUCAAGCUAAUAUUGUGCUCAUGUUAGAAGAUGUGAAUGAUAAUGCCCCUGAAUUCACUGCUGAUCCAUACACCAUUACCGUGUUUGAAAACACCGAGCCAGGGACACUGUUGACCAGAGUGCAGGCCACGGAUGCAGACACAGGCUUGAAUCGGAAGAUUUCCUACUCACUGAUUGACUCUGCUGAUGAGCAGUUCUCCAUUAACGAGUUAUCUGGAAUUAUUCAAUUAGAAAGGCCUUUGGAUAGAGAAGUACAGGCAGUGUACACCAUUAUUUUGAAAGCUGUAGACCAAGGUUUGCCAAGAAGGUUGACGGCUACUGGCACUGUUAUUGUGUCAGUUUUGGAUAUAAACGACAAUCCACCUGUGUUUGAAUACCGUGAGUAUGGUGCCACUGUGUCUGAGGACAUUCUCAUUGGGACAGAAGUCCUGCAAGUGUAUGCAGCAAGUCGAGACAUUGAAGCAAAUGCGGAAAUCACCUACUCAAUAAUAAGUGGAAAUGAGCAUGGAAAAUUCAGCAUUGAUUCUAAAACAGGUGCCAUAUUUAUCAUUGAGAAUCUGGAUUAUGAAAGCUCCCAUGAGUACUACCUGACCAUACAAGCCACAGAUGGAGGCACGCCUUCACUAAGCGAUCUGGCAACUGUGAACAUUAAUGUCACCGACAUCAACGACAACACCCCGGUGUUCAGCCAAGACACCUACACGACGGUCAUCAGUGAAGAUGCUGUUCUUGAGCAGUCUGUCAUUACGGUUGUGGCUGAUGAUGCUGAUGGACCCUCAAACAGCCACAUCCACUACUCCAUCAUAGAUGGCAACCAAGGAAGCCCUUUUACAAUUGACCCUGUCAGGGGAGAAGUGAAAGUUACCAAAUCUCUUGACCGGGAAACUAUUUCAGGUUACACACUCACAGUUCAAGCUUCUGAUAAUGGCAGUCCUCCCAGAGUCAACACAACCACCGUGAACAUCGAUGUGUCUGAUGUCAAUGAUAAUCCUCCCAUCUUCUCCAAGGGAAACUAUAGUGUAAUCAUCCAGGAAAACAAGCCAGUGGGUUUCAGUGUGCUGCAGCUAGUGGUGACUGACAGAGAUUCUUCUCACAACGGUCCACCCUUUUUCUUUACCAUUGUGAGUGGGAAUGAAGACCAAGCCUUUGAAGUGAACCAGCAAGGAGUCCUCCACACAGCAGCUGCCAUCAAGAGGAAAACUAAGGAUCAUUACUUUCUGCAUGUUAAGGUGACAGAUAAUGGAAAACCUCCACUGUCAUCUCUGGCACAUGUUGACAUUAGAGUCAUUGAGGAAAGCGUCCAUCCUCCUGCGAUUUUGCCACUAGAGAUUUUUAUUACUGCUUCUGGAGAGGAAUACUCAGGUGGUGUCAUUGGGAAGAUCCAUGCAACAGACCAAGAUGUGUAUGACACCUUAACCUAUAGUCUUGAUCCCCAGAUGGACAACCUGUUCUCUGUUUCCAGCACCGGGGGUAAGCUGAUCGCACACAAAAAGCUAGACUUAGGGCAGUACCUUCUUAACGUCAGUGUAACCGAUGGGAAGUUCACCACCAUGGCAGACAUCACAGUGCAUGUCAGACAGAUAACACAGGACAUGCUGAACCACACCAUCGCUAUUCGCUUUGCCAAUCUCACACCAGAGGAGUUUGUUGGUGACUACUGGCGCAACUUCCAGCGAGCUCUACGGAACAUCCUGGGUGUGAGGAGGACUGAUGUACAGAUCGUGAGUUUGCAGCCCUCUGAACCUCAUCCACAUCUGGAUGUCUUACUUUUUGUAGAGAAAUCAGGUAGCAGCGCCCAGCUUUCCACAAAACAACUCCUACACAAGAUUAAUUCUUCUGUGACUGAUAUUGAGGAAAUCAUAGGGGUUAGGAUACUGGAUGUAUUUCACAAGCUCUGUGCGGGACUGGAUUGCCCAUGGAGGUUCUGUGAUGAAAAGGUAUCAGUGGAUGAAAACGUUAUGUCGACGCACAGCACAGCCAGGCUGAGUUUUGUGACUCCCCGCCACCACAGGACAGCUGUGUGUCUCUGCACAGAGGGAAAAUGCCCACCUGUCCACCAUGGGUGUGAUGGGAACCCAUGCCCUGCAGGCUCUGAAUGCAUUGCUGACCCCAGAGAAGAGGCGUACACCUGUGUGUGUCCUGGCGGCAGACUGGCACAGUGCCCAGGGAGUUCAUCUAUAACAUUUACUGGAAACAGCUUUGUGAAAUACCGACUGAUGGAAAAUGAAAACAAGUUAGAGAUGAAAUUGACAAUGAGGCUGAGAACCUAUUCAACCCAUGCAGUUGUAAUGUAUGCUCGGGGAACCGACUACAGUAUCUUGGAGAUUCAUAAUGGAAGACUGCAGUACAAAUUUGACUGUGGAAGUGGCCCUGGCAUUGUUUCUGUUCAAAGCAUCCAAGUCAAUGAUGGGCAGUGGCACACAGUGGCUCUUGAAGUGAAUGGAAACUAUGCUAGAUUGGUUCUAGACCAAGUCCACACUGCAUCAGGCACAGCCCCAGGGACUCUAAAAACCCUGAACCUGGAUAACUAUGUGUUCUUUGGGGGGCACAUCCGUCAACAAGGAACAAGGCAUGGAAGAAGCCCGCAAGUUGGUAAUGGUUUCAGGGGCUGUAUGGACUCCAUUUAUUUGAAUGGACAGGAGCUGCCUUUAAAUAGCAAGCCAAGAAGCUAUGCACACAUGGAAGAGUCGGUGGAUAUAUCUCCUGGCUGCUUGCUAACAGCUACGGAAGACUGCUCAAGCAACCCCUGUCAGAAUGGAGGCAUUUGCAAUCCAUCACCUACGGGAGGUUAUUACUGCAAGUGCAGUGCCCUGUACAUAGGGACAUACUGUGAGGUGAGCGUCAACCCCUGUUCUUCCAACCCCUGCCUCUAUGGCGGCACCUGUGUGGUAGACAACGGAGACUUCGUCUGCCAGUGUAGAGGACUAUAUACUGGACAGAGGUGCCAACUGAGUCCCUAUUGCAAGGAUGAGCCUUGUAAAAAUGGCGGAACAUGUUUUGACAGUUUGGAUGGUGCUGUUUGCCAGUGCGAUUCAGGAUUUAGGGGAGAAAGGUGUCAAAGUGACAUUGACGAGUGUGUUGGAAACCCUUGCCGUAACGGGGCACUCUGUGAGAACACGCAUGGCUCCUAUCACUGCAACUGCAGCCAUGAGUACAGAGGGAAACACUGCGAAGAUGCUGCACCCAAUCAGUAUGUGUCCACCCCAUGGAAUAUCGGGUUGGCCGAAGGAAUAGGAAUCGUGGUUUUCGUAGCAGGGAUAUUUUUACUGGUGGUGGUGUUUGUCCUCUGCCGCAAGAUGAUUAGUCGGAAGAAGAAGCACCAAGCUGAACCAGAAGACAAACACUUGGGACAAACUACAGCUUUCUUGCAAAGACCUUACUUCGAUUCGAAGCUCAAUAAGAACAUUUACUCGGACAUACCACCCCAGGUGCCUGUCCGUCCCAUUUCCUACACUCCAAGCAUUCCAAGUGACUCCAGGAACAAUCUUGACCGGAACUCCUUUGAAGGAUCUGCCAUCCCAGAGCAUCCAGAAUUCAGUACUUUUAACCCCGAGUCUAUGCAUGGACACCGAAAAACAGUGGCUGUCUGCAGCGUGGCCCCCAACCUGCCUCCCCCACCUCCUUCCAACUCUCCUUCUGACAGUGACUCCAUUCAGAAGCCAAAUUGGGACUUCGACUAUGACACUAAAGUGGUGGAUCUCGAUCCUUGUCUUUCAAAGAAGCCAUUAGAGGAAAAGCCUUCCCAGCCAUACAGUGCCCGGGAGAGCCUUUCUGAAGUGCAGUCCCUGAGCUCCUUCCAGUCUGAGUCCUGUGAUGACAACGGGUACCACUGGGAUACAUCAGAUUGGAUGCCAGCUGUUCCCCUGCCAGACAUACAGGAGUUCCCCAAUUACGAGGUGAUUGACGAGCACACACCUCUCUACUCAGCAGAUCCAAACACCAUCGACACCGACUAUUACCCCGGAGGCUACGACAUUGAAAGCGACUUCCCACCACCACCAGAAGACUUCCCUGCCCCCGAUGAACUGCCACCAUUGCCCCCAGAAUUCAGCGAUCAGUUUGAAUCCAUACACCCACCCAGAGACAUGCCUGCUGCAGGUAGCUUGGGUUCUUCAUCCAGAAAUCGGCAGAGGUUCAACUUGAAUCAGUACCUGCCCAAUUUCUAUCCCGUCGAUAUGUCUGAACCGCAAAAAAAAGCCACCAGUGAGAAUAGUACUUGUAGAGAAUCCCUUGCCCCUGCUUACCCGCCAGGGUAUCAGAGAAACUUUGAAGCCCCCGCUAUAGAAAACAUGCCCAUGUCUGUGUACGCAUCCACGGCUUCCUGCUCCGAUGUGUCAGCGUGCUGUGAAGUGGAGUCUGAGGUCAUGAUGAGUGACUAUGAGAGCGGAGACGACAGUCACUUUGAAGAGGUGACCAUUCCUCCACUGGAUUCCCAACAGCAUACUCAAGUCUGAUGCUCAGACUCCCCCCAAAGUGCCUGGACUUUAACAAACCUAGAGAUGGUCUCGCUGACCUGCAUUGUUCUCUGUAGCAGUGCUUGAGCGCUUUCUUUUUCUUUUUCUUUUUUUUUCAGUGAGUUCCCAUGGGCAUGGCUGCACUGAAUCCUGCACCUCUUGACACCUUAGCCAUUUCCAGCCCCCAGACCUACCGUAAUGGGACAAGAUCUUCAUUGGCUGUGCCAUUUCUGAGCAUCUUUUUGUAUUUACGUUCGUCUGUGUUAAAAUAGAAGAAAAAUCAGUCCUGUCACCACCUUAGCAUGAUUCAUGUAUUUAUGUAGAUUUGAUUAAUUCUCCUGUCUCUCCUGUUUGUAAAUUUUAUGUACAGAUAUGAUUUUUUUUUCAGUUUUAACUAGAUUUUUCAAGGUACUUUUGUGCAUUUGUUUUUGGCUGAACUUUGAUGGUGUUAGUGUCAUUAUCUAGCACUCUUUUUUUUUUUUAAAAUAUAACCAGGGUUUCAUUAUAUGUUCUACUGAAGUAUGACAUUUCAUUAACACAUUUCAAUGUAGUUAUUAUUUCUAGCUGUACAUAGGAUGGGGAAGAUCUGAUACAUGGACAAGUCUUAAGUGGGUUGCUGUAUUUUAGGAUAAUAUGCAUUUUUCAUUAUCGGAAAGUGUAACGGGGACCUUCUGCAUAACUGUUUAGAACCAAAACCACCAUGACACAGUUUUUAUAGUGUCUGUAUAUUUGUGAUGCAAUGGUCUUGUAAAGGUUUUUACUGAAAACUACCGUUAGCCAGUCUUUCUUACUGACAAUAAAUUAUUAAUAAAAUACUUUAGCUUUA